AAUUCAAGAGGAAGAAUAGAGAAAAUUUUACUUUUAGCAAUUUUUGUCAAAAGAAAUGAAAAUAAGCAUAGACAAACAGUACGAAACGAAAUCAUUUCAAUUAGCAGCAUUAAAUUUGUUUGUUUAAUACUCUUAAAAUACGGCUUAAUUAAAUUCAUAAUCAUUGGAAAUUACUCGAUUAUCAGUGUUAAAACAAAUAAAAUAAUUGCAAAACCCCAAAAAUAAGGCGAACGAAACUGUCGACAACGAGACGAAAAAAGGCAAAUAAAAAGUGUAAAGUUCGCUGAAGGUUGCGCUGGCAAGGUGUUUUUAAUUUUUUUUAUUUGUGAUUUUUGUCAGCACAAACAAGUGAAAGAAAAAAAAAACACUUGAAAAGAGCGUUUAUUCCCACUUUUGCAACUUUGUUCUUUGCAGUUGUUGUUAUUUGUGUUAAAGUAAUUUAAAUAUAGGCAUACUCGGAAUUCCUAAAACAAAUUCAACCUAUUACGAAUAAUUUGCUGCAAUUUUCAUUCCUCCUUCUUUAAGACUUUAUAAACAGAAUUUCUGAACUUUUAUCGCGCAUUAAUAUAUUCACAUAAACCUAGUAAAUAAAGAGACCUUGCGAAAUCAAAAAUUAAUAAAAACCCAAAAAAAAUAUAUAUUUUUUGUUAAUGUGAUUAGACUCUAGAAGUUACUGACGUGUUGCUACACAAAGGAAGAAAAUACAAUAAGUAAAUCUAUAAUCGAAAGAAAAACCAUUUUAUUAAAUAGUGACGACAACCACCAGCACAGCAUAAAAAAUAAAAUGUCAAUACGUACCAAAGUUCUAGGCAUGGUGGAUGUCAUUAUGCGUGUGCCACCCAUAUUGGUGAUUGAUGAAAUACUGAAGAUUGGCAUGGGGCUACCCAGUAGAUCAUACCAAACGAACAAUAGUGUAGAUGCCGGUGGUGGAGGUUUAAAUGUUAUUGGCAUACCUGAAACCGACAUCAUUAGUUCAUCACACGAUAACCUGCUCAACAACAGCACCGAUGCCUCAUCAUCGUCUGCAGCGUCAAAUGUUGCCUAUAAUAUUAUGAAUAACGUCACAAAUAUCGCAAAUGCCACAUCGGAAAAUGCCACGGUUACUGGCACUGCGGUUAGCAUUCUAAGUGGUAUCUUCGGCGCUAUCAUGGAAGAUAUACUUACAGAUAUUUAUAUGUUGGAUCCAUUCUCAACACUAUCAGUUAAAAUUAUUAUUUGUAUAUUGGGUAUUUUAUGUUCGGCUUGUAUAUUUUUGCUCUGGACAAGACAUUUGGUUAUGGUUUAUAUGUUUGUGAUAUCGCUUGGUCUAACUUUCCUCUCUCACUGGUCAAAUGUUUCGGCGCUGGCGUUACUCGAGAAGAGUCCGUGCAUACUGGAAGAUAUAAUGUCUAUGAACUCGACGCGACUGAUGGAUACGAGUGGUGUGGCAAUGUCGUUGCUGCCGCACUUGGUAGCACAAUGGUUUAUGGGUAUGCUGUUCGCCUACAUACACUUGGGUCCCCGUUAUGAGUUGCUGCAGAAAUCGAUGCCUUUAAUAUUCGCCAGUCCCAUUGUGUUGGCCAUGUUGCCAUUGAAAACAGAAAUGAUCCAAUAUUUACCCAUCCUCGCCGACGCUGUGCCAUUGGUGCUGACAAAAAUCACUGUGAUGAGUUGUGGCGUGGAUGCGGGUAAAACCGUGUACAACGGUUAUCAGUACGCCAUGAAUUUCGUAAGUAAUUUUGGUUUAUCUGCCCUCAUCGAGAACGAGUGGCAGCGACUGAAUGUGCCCAGUGUUUUAAGAGUUUUCUGGACCGUAAGACUCUCUCAAGAAUUUAUCUCCAUGCUGUUGAAUGAUAGCGUUGGUACUCUAAACUUAUUGCCCACCAUUCAGAAGUUACUGGUCGAUGGUUGUGAAACAUUAACGUCAGUGUUGGGCAUGACUUCGGUGAUUUCGGUUAUAUGCCACUAUAUAGGAAAGGUCUUUCAAUGGUACCUUUUGAAUUAUGAUAACGAUGAGGAAAAGUCUUUGGGCACCGUUUCGGCUGUUUUAUUCUAUAUACUGGCAUUGCAGACCGGUCUAACAUCCUUGUCACCCGAUAAACGUUUCUUGCGUUUGUGUCGCAAUCUGUGCCUUUUAACAACUGCUUUGCUACACUUUUUGCACAAUAUUGUUUCACCCAUACUCAUGUCAUUGAGUGCGGCCCGAAAUCCAUCGCGCAAACGACAUUUUCGUGCCUUGACUGUGUGCGCUUUUCUAGUCAUUGCGCCCUUGUGUUUGUUGAAAACACUGUGGAGUAGACAUUCGCCCUCAACAUGGUUGUUGGCCGUUACGGCAUUUUCCGUAGAGGUUGUGGUAAAGGUUUUGGUUUCUUUGGCAACUUACACUUUAUUCUUAUUGGAUGCUCGCCGUCAAACAUUCUGGGAAAAAUUAGACGACUACUUGUAUUAUGUGCGUGCUUUUGGCAAUUCCGUUGAAUUCUGUUUUGGUAUUUUGCUCUUCUUCAAUGGUGCUUGGAUUUUAGUUUUUGAAUCAGGAGGCGCCAUACGAGCCGUAAUGAUGUGCAUCCAUGCGUACUUUAAUAUCUGGUGUGAGGCCCGUUCUGGAUGGUCGGUCUUUAUGAAGAGAAGAUCAGCCGUGCAUAAAAUAUCCUCCCUGCCCGAAGCAACAACGGCCCAACUACAGGUUUUCGAUGAUGUGUGCGCUAUUUGCUAUCAGGAAAUGUAUUCAGCGAAAAUUACAAGAUGUCGACAUUAUUUCCAUGGAGUUUGUCUUCGUAAAUGGUUGUAUGUGCAAGACAGAUGUCCUCUAUGUCAUGAAAUUAUGAUGUAUACCGAUAAAACUGAUGAAGCUGAAGAUGAGGUGCGCCAACAACAAGAACAAAAUGUUCCCUUACCUAACCGUAAUAGAGAGGACAAUGCCAUUGAAAAUCGAAGUCGUGCCUCCGACGAUACUAGUUCUUCAUCAACAGCUUCUUUAUUAACUGCCAAUGCUGGUAGCAGCAGUAGUAGUAGUAAUAACAAUAGUUCUGGUCUUGCCAGCAGUAAUUUUAAUGCAGCCAAUGUGGCUGCCACUUCAUCAAAUGCCACCACUACAUCUACGACUUCAACAACGGCAGCCGCUGUUGCUACCGCUACGGCUGCGGCUAGUAAUACAACUCAUAGUUUUCGAUUUUCACCCGAUCUUGAUGUACAGGAUUAACUAUAAUUUAAACACUCUAGUGUACUUAUGUAUAAAUUGAAACAAAAAACACAACAAAUUUAACCAUUAAAAAAAUUAUAUUUUUAAGAUUUAUUAUAAUAUUUUGUUUUUGUGCUAUUAGCCACAAUUUUAUAAAUAUUGGUUUAUAAUUUUUAUUACUACAUAGAAACUAUUAUUAUUAUUGCAUCACUCCCCUUUCUACCUAUUCCCCCCUCAUCAUUAAUAAUAAAGGGAAAUUUAAAAUAGUAUUUAAACCAACUAUGUACUUUCUAGAGAAUUAAAAAAUACUAUUGUGCUUUUUUAUUUGUGAAAUAAGUAAAUUUUAUUAAAACAUAAAGAGUUUCUAAACAGCAUUCGUUCUUCAAAAGACACAUUUUUAAAUUAAUUACACUCAUGGCAGCUGGAUUUUUAGAAAACAUAUUUUUAAAAUAAAUAAAUAAAAAUUGUAUUGUAUGUAUUUUCAUCUCUCCACAAUGAUUUCCUCCUCAAAACCCGCUUCUACUUCUACUGUAAUUGUGUUAUAUGAUUUCAAAUAUAAUUAAUUAAAAUAAUAAACUAAAAUAUAAAUAAAAUAAUAAUGAAAAAAAAAAAAAAAAAUAUUUGUGAAGUCUGAUCAUAAUGAAAUCUUUAGCAGAACAUAAACAAACAAUAUUAGCAAUGUAUAUUUUUCAAAUGAUAACACAAAAACAAACAAACAAAAUAAAUAUAGAAUUAAAAGCUAAACUUAAACAAAGAAAAUUGAGAAGAGAUGAAAUCGAAACAGCGUAAAUGUUUUAGAUUAAUUUUAUAAAACGAAUAAAAUAAACACGAAUAGACAUCAUCCCGUACAUUAAUUACUCUAACAUUAAAACUCUACAUUACUCCCUCUCCCUCCUCUCAGAACAGAAACGAAAAAAAAACACUAACGGAAACAAGUAAAUUCAUAUUAUUGUAAAUUAUAUAAGGAUGGAAAUAUUAAAAAAAUCAUGAAUUAUUAUUAAAAACGGAAAAAAAUCAACAAUAAAUUCGUUUAAUUUCACUAUA